AUGUCUAGACAUCUUAGAGAAGCUUUAAGGGAAUCAUCGGCACCUUUCCAUACUCUAAAAUGGACGCUUAAGGAUUAUCAAGGUUCUCUAAAUGAUAUAAUUGAAGAUGUAUAUAGGAAUAGAUCAUCUGAUUUUCUUUCGAAUGCAUCAGUUAUGCCAAGUAUUAAUAGAUAA